CACCGUGCUUAAUAUAGUUUUCACACAAAUCCCUAUUGAAAAUUACCAAUAGGACAGCUGUUACAAAGGGACUUUGCAUGAUCUUUAAAUCUACACUUCCGUUACUGUUUCUAUAGUAACUUGGCAGAUUGGUCCAAAAUCGCAUAUGAUUUUUAUUUUCAAAUAUAAUCGAUUUACAAAUGCAAUAUGAAUUCUUUAUAUUUUUAUAUAAAUUUUUUACGAGAAUUAACAAAAAUAUUAAUGAAACGUAAUUUUAAUUAUAUACUUUUGUAUAUAUUUGUACAGUUUGUGUUUUUUAAAUUAAAAAAAUUAAUUGAUACGGAAUUUAAUUGGAAUAUAUUAUCUGAUUUUGCUUUAAAAAAUUUAAUAAAACGAUUUUAUAAUGAAAAAAAUUAUUAUAUAGAUCGUAAUUCUUGCUUAUUAGCAAACGUACAAUAUUUUAAAGCUCCUAUACCCACUUGGUUUUAUAUAUGUUCAAAAUUUUCUUUAAAAAAAUAUAAAGUAUUAAUUAUACCCAAAAUACAAAAAGACAAUAUUGAUACAAAUAAUAUAUUUGUAUCAGAAACUAUGAAAUAUAAUAUAGAAAAUGCAUUACAUUGUACUAUUAAUAAUUGCUUCUUAUUGCCAACAAAAGAUAAUGCUAUUAAGUUUGCUACAGUAGUCAAAGUUUCUAUGAUAUCUAAUCCAUAUGAAAGUACAGAUAAUUUAAUACGUAUUUUAUUAAAAAAUUAUUUUUCUGAACCUAGAUUUUUAAAAAAAAAUGAUUUAUUUGGAAUUAAUGUAAAGGAAUAUAUGUUGGAUCAAAUGUAUUUAUAUAUUAAUCCUUUAAUGUCUAUAAUAUAUUUUAAAGUUAAUUCCAUUAUUAUUAAUGAUAAAAAUUGUACAGUUAAUGAUACUUCUUAUAUUUUAUUUGGAGAAACUACAGUUAUUCAAGAACCAAAUAUACAUACUUAUUUACCUCAGAAACAUUUUGAUUAUAAUCAAAUCGAAAAGAAACAUAUAGAAUCAUAUCCAUCAAGUUUAGCUACACUUUUGGAACAUUUAGAACAUUGUAUUUUGCCAUUUAUUAAACAUGAUAUUCAAUUAUCCAUAAACCCAAUAUUUCUUAUUAAGGGUUCACAAGGUUCAAAUAAACGUAAAUUAAUUCAAAUUUUGGCUGAAAAAAUAGGUUUGAAUUUUCUUAAUAUAGAUUUUGCUGAAGUUCAAGCUUUGACAUCAGCCCAAACAGAAGCUAAAUUACGCAUUGUAUUACAUAAUGCUGAACAAUCUAUGCCAUGUAUGCUCUGUUUAAAUAAUAUAGAGGUAUUUGGUAAAAAUUCUGAAGGUCAAAAGGAUGAAAGAGUUAUAUCAACUUUUUCAAAUGAGAUAAAUUUGUUAUAUAAUAAACAUUUAAAAUACCCAAUUAUUAUUAUAGCUACUACAAAUGAGUCUGAUAUACCAUCAGAAUUAAAUAGAAUUUUUAUUGAAACAAUUCAUUUAGAACAUUUAAAUCAGAAAAAAAGAACAAAUUUAAUUUCUUGGUUGCUUAUGAAACAAAAUCUUGAUUAUCAAGUGAAUUUAUCAAAAAUUUCUGGAAUAUGUUCAGAUUUUAGAUAUUCAGACUUAUUGACAUUAAUACUAAAUGCUGUGAAAUUUCGAUGCAAAGAUAAAUGCAGAAAUUUCAGUGCUAAGAAUUUAAAGCUUUUUAACUUAGUACUUUUACAAGAAGAUUUUGAUAAAGCUUAUGAAUACAUGCAAUCUAUAUAUACAGAUUGUAAAGGUACACCACAUAUACCAAAAGUUUAUUGGGAAGAUAUAGGUGGAUUAAUAAAUUUGAAACAUGAAAUAACGCGACGAAUUCAGUUACCUUUAAUGAACACUUUAGAAUUCGGACAAUCUGGUCUUCUUUUAUAUGGACCACCAGGAACUGGAAAAACACUUCUUGCUAAGGCUGUAGCAACAGAAUAUCAGCUUCAUUUUUUAUCAGUUAAAGGCUCCGAAAUGUUAAAUAUGUAUGUCGGUCAAAGUGAGAAAAAUGUUAGACAAGGUAAGAUAAUGAAAUAUAUAUUAAAUAUAUAUCUUAAAAAUAAAAAAUACAAUAUCGUAGUGUUCGAACGAGCAAGAGCAGCAGUGCCAUGUAUAAUAUUUUUUGACGAAUUGGAUUCAUUAGCACCUAAUCGUGGACGAAGUGGUGAUAGCGGAGGUGUAAUGGAUCGUGUGGUAUCUCAAUUGCUCGCAGAAAUGGAUGGUCUUGACUAUUCAAAUAAUGUAUUUAUAAUAGGAGCUACAAACAGACCAGAUCUCAUUGAUCCUGCCCUUCUUCGACCUGGUCGAUUCGAUAAAUUAUUAUAUGUAGGGAUUCAUUGUGAUCGUGAUUCGCAAUUUAAUGUAUUAAAGGCAUUAACUCGUAAAUUUAAAUUCCGUGAAAAUGGAAAAGAAUUAGAGAAGUUUAUAUCUCAAUUGCCUAAUCAUACAACUGGUGCUGAUUUAUAUUCUGUUUGUUCAAAUGCAUGGUUAAAUGCAGCACGUAAAAUUUUAAACAAUUAUCAAAAUAGUUCUAAAGAUGUUAAAUUAAACGAAUAUGUUGUCGUAGAAUUAGAAGAUUUUUCAAAAGCAGCAUACGAUUUGAUACCUUCGGUUAGUAAACAAGAAGCCGAAAAAUACAAAAGAAUGGAGAUAGAAUUAUCUUCGGUAUCGUGAUAUACUUAAUUAUAUCUCAAGCAUAUUGAAUAUUUUCUAGUUUUAUAAAUGACAUGUUAAUUUAUUUGGAGAAAAAUGCAAAACAAUUUUUACAAUAAUUCAAUCUAGGAUAACUACAUUCUAUUCUAGAUAUUGCACCAAAUAAUUAAUCUUGCAUGCUAUUAUAUGGCAAAAAAUGUAAUAGAUAUAUUUUUGGAUUUUCAAGAUAUUUUACUUAUUAACGAUACGUUAUAAUAUACCAAUCAAAAAGAAAAACUAGAAAAAAUACAGGAAAAUAGUAUCUAAAUUUAUCAAAUUAUGAAAUUUUGUAAUAAAGAAUAAUAACUCAAUAAAGCUUUUUUUUGCAAAUUGCAA